UUUAAACAUAAAUAAAAUAGGAUAAACAUGUUUCGGUCUGAGAAUUUUUUUUUUAAAUCGAUUUUCAUUUCAUACAUAAACAUUCAUAAUAUGAUUAUGGUAAACAAAUAAUCUUUUCGUCUAAAUUGUUUAUGUUUUACAGAAGUCAUUGAAUUCCUUUCAUCAAUUUUAACGCAAUGAUAAUCAUAAUCGAUUCUUAAUAUGGAGAAAAUGGAGAUUCGACAAGAAUCGUUGACAAAUAAAAUCAAACAACGAUCCAAAUUACCAAUAUCAACAAUUGCCAUUUCUGAAGAUAAUGAUGAUAAUAAAAAAGAUGAUUUCAAUGUUAUUCAUUAUAUUCUUACCGGUUUUGGUCUACAACAUCUUGCGAAAACAGGCCAUUUAAAUGCUAUGGAUAUUUUAUAUACAUUUGGAUCUUUAAUAGCAUUGUUUGGUUGUUUUUGUCAUCUGAUUGCUGUAAGUCGAAUAUAUUUUGCCUAUAACACCAAUAUGAAUGUUAUUUUCGAACGUGAAACUAAAAUUGAUCUUCCAGCUAUAACUAUUUGUACGAAUAUAACAAAAUUGGCAAAUGAAAAUUAUUUAUUGAAAAAAUAUUCAUCCGAAUUGCAACAAUCGAAUGAAUAUCCUCAAGCCAAAUAUUUAGCAUAUGGAAAAUUGUUUAAAAAUCUAACAUUAAAUGAACAAUUAAAUUUUGCAACAAUAUCAACCGAACAAUUAUUUUAUCAAUGUAAAAUUGUCAAACCAAUUGCAUUCGAACGAACAACAAAUGAAGAUUAUAUUUCUUGUACCGAUAUUGUUCCUAUACGAGAAUUUCUAACAAUUAAUAAGAAAUGUUUUUCAAUUGGAUUACAAUUGAAUAAUGAAUCGAAUGAUCGUUUUAUCAUUGAUCAUAAUACAAAUGUUCAUGAUAAUAAAUUUUCAUUAAUGAUUAUUCAACUUUCAAAUGAAUAUCUUGAUAAUGCAAAAAUUUAUGUUGAAUCAAGAAAAAUACCAUAUCUUGCACCUAUUGGUGGUUAUAUUAAUUUUUUUCGUGCAAAUAAUACUAAAUUUGAAAGUAUAUCAUUUAAUUUUGUUAAAACAAAAAAUCAAUUACUUGAACCACCGUAUCGAACAAAUUGUCGUCAUUAUCAAGAAAUUGGUUAUAAAUCAUUGAUGCAUUGUAUGAAUCAUUGUAAGGGUAAAUAUUUUAUCGAUCAUUUCAAUGGAUGGCAUGCAAAUAUUCCAGCAGAUAAUGAUGAUGAUUUAAAUAUUUAUUUUGCACCGAUUGAAUUACGAAAAAAUAAAACAUUGGACAGAAUUGUAUCGAAUGAAUGUUCAAAAUACUGUAGUAAACGACAAGAUUGUAAUAAUGAAUCAUUUAAAAUUACAAUUGUUGAAGAAAUUGAACGUAAUAAUGAAAAUAUUCAUUUAAAUGAUCGAUUUCAAUUGAAAAUGAUGAUACCGAUUGAUUUGAAUAAAUAUUAUAUACAUAAACCACGUAUGGAAUGGAUUGAAUUUAUUUGUUUUUAUGCAUCAACAAUCAGUCUUUGGUUUGGAUUCUCUAUUAUUGCUUUCGCACGUUCCAUCAUACAUUUGAUAUAUCAGAAUUGUUUGAUUCGUGCCAAAAAUUGAUGGCAAAUAAUGAGAAACAUUAUUCACAUUUUUUUUCAAACAAUUUACUUUAGA